AUGAAAAAUCACACACAAGUAACCGAAUUCAUUCUCCUGGGACUGUCAGAUGAUCCAGAGCUUCAAAUGGUCAUUUUCUUCUUCCUUUUAUUAGCAUACAUUCUCAGCAUUGCUGGCAAUGUGACUAUCAUCAUCCUCACCUUGCUGGAUUCUCACCUGCAAACCCCAAUGUAUUUCUUCCUCCGCAAUUUCUCCUUCUUAGAAAUUUCAUUUACAAUUACUUGUAUUCCCAGAUUCUUGGGCACAAUUAUUACUGAGGACAAGACUAUUUCCUACAGUGGCUGCAUGGUUCAAUUGUUUUUCAUAAUUCUCUUGGGAGGAACUGAAUUUUACCUUUUAGCAGCCAUGUCCUAUGAUCGCUAUGUUGCCAUCUGCAAACCCUUACAUUACACAACCAUCAUGAACAACAGAGUCUGUACAUUGCUUGUCUUCUGCUCAUGGUUUAUUUCAUUCAUGAUCAUCUUUCCUGCAAUCAUUCUGAUACAGCAGCUUGAUUAUUGUGCUGAUAAUAUCAUUGACCAUUUUACCUGUGACUUUUCUCCCCUCUUACAACUAUCCUGCACAGAUACACAAUUCUUAGAGACAAUGGCUUUUACCUGGGCUGUGGUGACUCUUAUGCUUACACUGGCAUUAAUCAUCCUCUCUUACAUAUACAUCAUCAGAACAAUUCUACGGAUCCCUUCAGUCAGUCAGAGGAAAAAGGCCUUCUCUACUUGUUCUUCUCACAUGAUUGUCAUCUCCAUUUCUUAUGGUAGCUGCAUCUUUAUGUACAUCAAACCCUCAGCAAAAGAUAGAGUCUCUUUAAGCAAGGGAGUUGCUGUGCUUAAUACAUCAGUAGCCCCCAUGUUGAAUCCCUUCAUUUAUAGCUUAAGGAAUCAGCAAGUGAAACAAGCCUUCAUGGACAUGAUAAGGAAGAUUUUGUUUUCUUCAAACAAAGGAAAAGAUUUGUUGAACUGA